AUGAGAAUAACGAAGACCAAAAUUUAUUGUAUUGGUAGUGGUAGGCCAAAAUGAAGUAGUUGAGGUUUUUAUUUGAUUCUGCCAUUUUCCUUCAAUAUUCAUUUUGUUGGAUGUCGGCAUUCUUUCAGGUGAAAUAAGUAUUACAAAUUGUUGCGGAUGUGUAACAGAUUCAGAAAUUUAACACCGAGCGGCAAGCAGACAACAGUCGCCAAAGAGAGUGAAUGAAUACAGCUGUCGUACUGGUUAUUACAGGUGAGAUAUGGCUGCCCAAGUCAUUGGAUUUGGUGACGUGAAUGAGACAGAAAAUGAAAUGCAUGUUAAAAAGAAGAAAAUUGCAGGUGUGAAAAAAUGUGGUGGAUUUCAGGGAAUGGGCCUGAGUUUCCCUGUAUUAAAAGGAAUUCAGAAGAGAGGGUAUAAAUUACCAACCCCUAUCCAACGAAAGACCAUUCCCUUAGUUCUCGAAAAUCGUGAUGUUGUGGCCAUGGCAAGAACUGGCAGUGGUAAAACUGCUUGUUUUCUAAUCCCACUCUUUGAAAAACUCAAGACCAGAGUAGCAAAGAGCGGUGCAAGAGCCUUGAUUCUGUCUCCAACCAGAGAGUUAGCUGUACAGACAUUGAAGUUCAUCAAAGAACUGGGACGAUUCACAGGUCUUCAUGCAACUAUUGUGUUAGGUGGAGACUCGAUGGACAAUCAAUUUAGCGCCAUUCAUGGAAAUCCCGAUAUAAUUGUAGCAACGCCUGGUCGAUUUAUGCACAUCUGUGUGGAGAUGGAGCUGAAGUUGCACACUGUGGAAUAUGUUGUGUUUGAUGAAGCAGACCGGUUGUUUGAAAUGGGUUUUGGCGAGCAGUUGCACGAUAUUGUGAAGAGAUUGCCGGAGAGUCGGCAGACACUCCUGUUUUCAGCUACAUUGCCAAAAGUACUAGUUGAGUUUGCAAAAGCCGGGCUAAAUGAUCCUGUGUUGUUAAGACUGGAUGUGGAAUCAAAGCUUCCAGAACAAUUAAAGCUUGCAUUUGUAUGUGGUCGUUCAGAAGAUAAAUCUGCUGCUUUGUUAUGUCUCUUGAGACAUGUUAUAAAACCUGGAUCCAUGACUGUGGUGUUUACUGCCACCAAACAUCAUGUGGAGUAUUUGCAUAUGAUACUAGACAAAGCUGGCAUCACUAACACAUACAUAUAUUCCAAUCUGGACCCAUCUGCUCGGAAGAUCAACGCAGCCAAGUUUCAGACAGGCAAAGUUUCAGUUUUGCUUGUGACAGAUGUGGCAGCACGAGGUAUUGAUAUUCCUCAGCUGGACAACGUCAUAAAUUAUAAUUUCCCCGCUAAAUCUAAGCUAUUUGUACACAGAGUAGGUCGGUGCGCACGUGCAGGCAGAAGUGGUGUAGCGUAUUCACUGGUGGCACAUGAUGAAUUAGCGUACCUGCUGGACUUACACUUGUUCUUGGGACGUCCAUUUAAUGCCUCGCAGACUCAGGCAUCUAAUCAGGAUGAUGACUUCCCAGACGGCAUUAUUGGACGAAUUCCUGAAGUACUGCUGGAUGAAGAACAUAGUGAGCUGAGAGUUUGGCAUGAGACGGAGAAUGAUCUGACAAAUAUGAAAAAGGUGUGUGCUAACGCCUAUAGACAGUACAUCCGUUCCAGGCCUGGCGCUUCUGUCGAGAGCGUAAAGCGUGUCAAGGACAUCAAUUCUAACAGCUUCGCUGUUCACCCAGUGUUUCCAAUGCGAGAUGUCGUUCAGUCUAGUACUUCAGACAUACUGGAAAAGAUGAAGAACUACAGACCUAGUGGGACUAUAUUUGAGAUUGGUCAGUCUUCAAGGUCACGUGCAUAUACUGUUAUGAAAUCAACUCGAGCCAAACACCGCUGUUUAAUAGAGAAUUAUAAGCAGAAAGUGGAAGAUAAAGAGAAAGAAAAUUUGAUCAACAAGACGAGUGAGAGGAAAUCAUUAACUGCAAGUAAUGAAAGUGACAUUGAUGACGCUUUCCACAGUGUUAUUGGACCCAAGAAGCGUAAAUGUGAUUUUCAGACAAUGCCAACAAAGAAGAGAAAAACAAUGGUGGAUGAGGUGCAUUAUAUUCCAUAUACAGCCCCAGACCAUCAUACAGAACAGGGGUUUGCAGUAAACAACUUUUACCAUGAAGCAUCCAGAGCUAAACUAGAUUUGACUGCUGACAGUGACGAAACAUUAAGACGGCAAAGCAGAUUAAAACGCUGGGAUCAUAAAAAGAAGAAAAUGGUUUCUGUUAAUCUGGAUAAGAAAGUUAAGAAAAUCCGCGAUGAGUCUGGAGCUUGGGUCCCAGCCACCUACAAGAGUAAACGGUAUGCUCAGUGGAAGGAAAGAACAAAAAUAGAGGAGAACCUUGCAGCAGAUGAUGAUGAUGAUGAUGAUAAUAAUGAAGAUCAAAAGAGAGGCCAGCUUCGGGGUUUGAAGACUUACCCCAAUACUCACUGGGGUCGGCACAAUAAAAAAGUCGAAAACAAAGUUAAGUUUGGACUGAAGCGUCCUGAUGAAAUCCUGAAGGCCAGAAUUGAAGAAGAAAGGAAGAAAAGAAAUCAUCGCAGAAGAUCUAAGCGACCAAAGCGGAAGACAUAGAAUAUACUUAAGUCCAUUCUUCAUAUACUGAGAAGACAAAGGCAAGGAAAGAAGUAAUGCAACAGAAAGAAAGAAAGAAAGAUGGAAGAAAAACUUACUCACUUUUAUUUCAGUCUUCACGUUGACAGACUGAAGAGGAUACAUAUUAUAUUUAUCAUCAUCCACCUCAUCUUCAGGAACUCCUCCAAUCAGUGAGUUCAAACUCUUUUUAACAUCAACUCUUAUCUUUUGUAAAUCCAUGCUGUGCUGGGAACAUUACCGUUCUAUUAACCUCUCCUCCAUUGCCUCAUAAUAUGACCAAACGCUAUGGUUCAGUGGUUACCACUCCUCCAUAUUAAUAAUUUCCCUUGUUUCCUUCAUCCCUUCCAGGCAAAUUUAUCAAUAUAGUACCUUAGAAUAGGCCGCAAGUAUUUCCUUUUAUAUCCUUUCCAAUUGACUAUUCACAAAUUAUAUUACUAUAUGAUAUUACACAUCCAAGGAAACUGGAAAAAAAUAUAAAAUAAAGCAACACUCAAAUAGUCUCACAACAUAAUUCAGACUAUGUUAUGAUACGUCACUGCAAUUACUCUAAUGUUAAAAAAAAUGCUCUUACAGAAGAGAAUAUCUGAGGUCAAUACCAUAUCUUAAAACCUUGCAUACCGUGCAGUGUACUGAUAUAUAAAAAUCAUGCAUACAAACAAAACUGUUUACGCAUUAAAUAACACCUUGUGCCAAACGCAUUUCGACCUCUAUAGGUCAUCAUCAGUGGCAUAAACAUUAGUUCAUUAGUCUAUCUAUUAAAAUCAUACAAUUCAUGAAGCAAUUGUUUUUUAUAAAGUACUGUAAAAGGUCACACUUUAUAAAACUAUACUUCAUGUAAACACCACAUUACAUAAAGUAUAAUUUUGUUUGAAUGCAUGAUUUUAUAUAGCAAUGUCAUAUGCUAAAAACAGUGCUAUGACUAAACUGUCAGUGGGAAUUAGACAAUAAACUUAAAAUUAAAAUUCUGAUAAUUUCACUAGAUUUUCUGUACAAAGACUAGUUGGCAACCAUUUUACCCAAAAUUCCGGUUAAAUUGCUGUGUCUUGUUCUUUGAGACCAUUACGAUUUUAUUAUCGUGUAUUUAUCGGUGCUUUAAAAACAUAUUCUUUUAUCGUAUGUGUUACUUAAAAAUUUGAGCUACUCAUGUGAAUGAUAUCUCCCUGUUGAACCAAACAUUUUAUAUCAGGAGAAGGGGUAAAGCAAAUUUGAAAUGUAUGAUGAUGAUAGUCUGCAAUGUACCCUUACUGUAUAUUAUGUUUUAUUUAAAGUGUUUCCUUUAACUUUUCCAGAAUGAUUUAAAUAUUCAAUAUAUAAAUGCAUAAGAAAGGUUGAAAAAUGGUGUACAUCUAACUACUAACAGCUUUCUCUAAAAUAAUUGAGAAAGUCAUGCAUAAGAGAGUAUGUGACUCUUGAACUCAAGUGAACAAUUUGGAUUUAGGAAAUAUCACUGAACUGAUAAAGGCAUUUUCAAUUUUACAGAUGAAAUCUUAAUUGCUCCUAAAAAUAUAAUGCAUGUUAGUAGAAUAUACUAUGCUGGAAUUAUGCUAUUCAAUAAUCUCCCCCCUCCCCCCACUAUAAAAAGUAUGAAUCAUAUAAAGUUAAGCUGACACUAAAAGAGUAUCUCCUGUCUCACUGUGACCAAUCAAUAGAAUAGUUGCCUCCGCCAAAGUUCUCAACUAUUAUAAAUACUUAUAAGCAACGGUGGGUAUGCUUUCGUGUGUAAUUAUUUUCGUCAUAAUACUGUAGUUGACUGUAAAUUACUGUCUGUAUGGUAUAUAUAACUAGUACAUAACCUCACUUUCUAACAUCUUAAUAACGCAAAUAAAAAUCCAUUGGCAACCGGC